UCAGGCUUCGCCUCAGCAGGUCCGUGCAUUUGAUUAUAGCUAUCACGCCGAAGGCUAGCACCUCGUUCAAGGAUGGCGAUGGCGCCCUCCACCCAGGGAUCCUCGCACGUCGGCGUUUACGAUUGGAGGAAGGACGUGGAGAACAUGAAGAUCGUCCUGCACGAGAUGCUCGAGGACGCUCCGAAGCAUCGCUACUCCGACAGCCUGAAUGAGCAACUCGACAAACUCCUCGUGGCGGUCGUCGAGAUAACGUCGUCCAGCGAGAAGGCUACCGCAAAGCAGGAGUCAGCAUUGCUUGAGAAGUUCGCGGCCAUACGCGAGGAUUUCAAGGAGGCGAAGUCCACGUUCGACAACAUGAUGCAGCCCCCCGCGAGGAAGGUGAGGAGGACCCCGUCCUCGCCAGAUGACGCUACAGCGCCAGUGCCGACGAGCGCUGAGAUCAUGGGCAGCGACAGCGAGAGCAUCGAGGUGCUGGAGGACGGCACGCAGCCUCCCUUCGACGACUUCGAUGAACCGACCGACAGCUUGCGCCAGUGAGUGCGCGUGCGUGAGUGCCGAGCAUACAUUUCAAGUCCCCAGCUGCUGCGAUGCGUUCCCGUCGGCCUUGUGGAUUGCCGGCCGAGUGCCUCAGCUCGAAAGCAUGGUAUUGAUAGUCGUGGGAAUGUCGAC